AACCUUACGUUGGGAUGUCAAAACGAAAGUGAAGUGCUCAGCUGGAUUUUUGUGUAUUUUCUGAUCAAUACUGCUUUUAUUUGCUCAUUUUCGACGAAAAUUUUUGAUUUUUGGACCGGAUUCUUAUUGGAAAAGAGCAGAAAUCCAUUCGAUUCGGUGUCUUUUUGUGUGUUGCAGUAACAAUAAAGCCCAUCAAGCAUGACUACAGAGGAAAGAUUUAAAGCUGCCGUCAACGUAAUACGAAAUUUGCCAAAAAAUGGUUCCUACCAGCCCAGUUCCGCGAUGAUGUUGCAAUUUUACUCGUAUUUCAAGCAAGCAACGGAAGGCCCAUGCAAAGGAGCUCGUCCUGCGUUCUGGGAUGUGGUUGGUCGUGCCAAAUAUGACUCGUGGAAGGCAUUGGGAGACAUGUCGAAGGAACAAGCGAUGAACAAUUACGUCGGAGAGUUGAGAAAAAUCGUCGAAACGAUGAGUUUUACCGAAAAUGUCGCCAAUUUCGUCGGUAGCAUCAGUGAAAUUGAAAAUAUUGAUGUCAAUGAUUUGGAUUUAAUUGCGCCGGAAGCGAUGAAACACGCGAGAUCUCGUCCUGGAUCGCCAUUUGCGUCGCGAGAUACGAGCCCGCAACGACCUGUGACAGUUCCGACGAUGACAAAUGGGCAUCAUCAUCCCCUUUCCGACUCGGAUGACGAGUUUAACUCCGCCGACGAGAGCGAUGCGUUCCAUCAUCAACCGAGAAGUCGACGUGCGGUUGCCUAUCAACAAGACUCGAUGCUCGUACAAAACAUUAACGCAACUGUGGAACAAAUGCAAAAGGAUUUGGCGACGUUACAAGCGAAUUUUUCGCAACUCGAGAGAAAUUUGACACAAAUGAAAGCCGCACAGAAGAGUUACAAACAUAUUUACCCGAAAUGGUGGCCAUGGAAAAAUGUGGCGCCAAGUUUCGUGCUUUUCGUUAUCCUUUGGCCGAUUGUGUAUAAUCGCAUCGUCAACAGAUUGCAACGAAGAAAAUGAAAAAAAAAAAAAUUCUGAAAAAGACAAAAAUUAGGCAAUUUUAUAAGUUUGUGAUGUAAGCAAAAAAAAUUACGGUGAAAGGUUAAAAAAAAAAAUUUUUUUUUAGGAAAAUAUUAAAAAUUCUCGUUCUACUUAAAAAACCGAAAAAAAAAAUAAGUAGAAAUUAGGAGAAAAGUUACCCGGAACAAUCAAACAUUCAUAUUUUUUUUGAAUUAUUUGUUAAGCAUUUGUUAAGAUUUUUAUGUUAUUAAUUUUAAAAAUAUAUAUUUUUAUUGAAGACAAGGUUUCCUUAUGUUGAUAUCCGUCUAUCGUUUUAUUGCGUCUAAUUUAAAAAAAAAUAAUUAAUUCAGGUGGUUGUACAAAAAAUAUUAAUUAAAUUAAAAUCAAGGAGAUUAAGCCAAGAUAAAGCAAAAUAAAAUAAAAAAUUAUGUAAAAAUUAGGCAAAAAUA